AAAAUUCUCUAGUUUACCAUUUUCUCUCUUAUGUGAUUUUGUGGAUAAGGAAGGAAUGCAUAUAUUCCCGACAUUUUUAAAACAGGAAUCUAAUAUCUAAUCAAUCUGGCCAGCCAGCCCUCUCCCAUUUCAAUUCAGGAAGAGGGAGGAGGAAGAAGGGAUAGACUAUUUUAUAUUAUACAUAAGGUAUAAUAUAUGGCAAAAUACAAAGGGGAAGACGAUUAUGAUUAUCUAUAUAAGGUAGUCCUAAUUGGAGAUUCUGGCGUAGGAAAAUCAAACCUCCUCACCAGAUUUACCCGCAAUGAAUUCAGCAUGGACUCUAAAUCCACCAUUGGUGUCGAAUUCGCCACUCGUUGCAUUCAAGUCGACGAUAAAGUCGUCAAAGCCCAGAUUUGGGACACGGCCGGACAAGAAAGGUAUCGAGCAAUCACAAGCGCAUACUAUCGAGGUGCGGUGGGGGCUCUGCUGGUUUACGACGUGACUCGCCACGUGACAUUCGAGAACAUAGAGAGAUGGUUGAAGGAGCUUCGCGACUAUACGGAGAGCAGUGCCGUGGUGAUGCUCCUUGGGAACAAAGCAGACCUUCGCCAUCUGAGGGCGGUCUCCAUUGAUGAGGGCAAAUGCUUUGCAGAAAAAGAGGGCAUAUAUUUUAUGGAGACGUCGGCCCUAGAAUCCCUUAAUGUGGAAACUGCAUACAGUCAAGUCAUCACCCAGAUCCACCAAGUCAUGAGCCGCAAGGCACUCGAAGCAGCGGCCACUGCCCGUAAAGACCUUCCUAAAGGACAAACAAUCAACAUGGGAGGCAAGGAUGACGUCUCGGACGUCAAGAAAGGCGCUUGUUGCACCUCUUGAACUUGUAUACAAAAAAAAUAAGAGCAUCUAUUUUGAUAGCAAUUUCUAGAAAAUCCAGAAAUUAGUUUGUUUCAAAUAAGAUCAGCCAAAGGUUCUAAACAUUAUUGUCUUACAUGAACAAUAUGACUUCAAUUACAGUCAGUUACUUUCUACC